CCGAUCAAGCACUAAGCUCAAGUUGGGUUGGCUGGAGAUUUCGUAAGGAAGGCAGAAGGCAGCCUCACACAUACGCAUACGACAGCCUUCUCAAUUACUGCCAGUGGACUUGCCUGAACUGUUUGUAACUUUAAACUUCUAACCUUGCAAAUUCGUCAUUAUCGUCGCAAAGCAUUCUGUCGUUUUAUUUUAGAUCCCACUUCUUACUUUCUACUUCCCAUUUCCCAUUUCCCACAUUCUACACCUCACAAUCAGCCCGCCCACAAUGCCUGCUACAACGGCAGAGACCCUCUCGUUCGUCAACAAAAAUGUGACCGUCGCUCCCCUCGUCCUUCUCUCCGUCGUAGACCAUUUCAACCGUGUCGCCAAGGGUACAAGAAAGCGCGUGGUGGGCGUGUUGUUGGGUCAAAAUGACGGGAAGAAUGUUCGUGUGUCGAACAGCUUCGCAGUUCCGUUCGAGGAAGACAACGAUGAUCCGUCCGUCUGGUUCUUAGACCACAAUUACGUCGAGAACAUGAACGACAUGUUCAAGAAGGUCAACGCCCGGGAGAAGUUAAUAGGCUGGUAUCACUCCGGACCUAAGCUGCGCGCAUCCGAUCUCGAGAUCAACGAACUCUUCAAGAGAUACACAGCAAAUCCAUUACUCGUCAUUAUCGAUGUCCAACCGAAGGAGUCUGGCGUUCCCACAGAUGCUUACUUCGCAGUAGAGGAGAUCAAGGACGAUGGCACGACUACCACCAAGACCUUUGUACACACCCCUUCCACUAUUGAGGCCGAAGAGGCCGAAGAGAUUGGUGUUGAGCAUUUGCUUCGAGAUAUUAGAGAUGUGGCUAUCGGCACACUGUCGACGCGCAUUACGAACCAGUUACAGUCUCUACAAGGACUACACCUCCGAUUACGCGAUAUUCAAACCUACCUCCAGAAGGUCCAGGAUGGCAAGCUACCGGUAAACCAUGCAGUCUUAGGCAACCUCCAGGAUAUCUUCAAUCUCUUACCGAACCUCUCGACUCCCAAGCCAGGCGUUGAAGGAAAGGGUAGCCAAACGGGAGAGCUAUCCUACGCGAUGAGUGUCAAGACGAAUGAUCAGCUGCUAGCUAUCUACCUGAGCAGUCUGAUCCGCGCUAUCACGGCCUUCCACGACCUUAUCGAGAACAAGAUCCAGAACCGGCAACAACAGGAGGAGAAGGAGGCCAAGGAGGAGGCUGCGGCGGUAGGCAAGGAUGACAAGGACAAGAAAGAGAACGGCGUCAACGGUGCAGAGCCGACGGAAAAGAGCAGUGAAAAGGAAAAGAAGAAAUAGAGCGGUUUAUGAUGAUUACCUACCGGUACCUAGGUACCGACCUAGUAUACAGGACGGCUAUCAAGUCGCGACCCCUGUAUAACUAUGCUGGCUUCAGGAGGAAUGAGCCAUAUUCUGAGGUCAGGAGUGCCCUCAGGAGUGCCCACGUACAUGAUAAAGCAUAGAGUUUUAGUCAGGGGUAGAACCCCUUUGAAAGGCACAAAUUACCCCAGGAGAGUGCUUGGGCAAGCCUGGUAUGAUUGAUUACAUGAUGCUAUGUUUUCCUAUGUGAUUUGUCAAAAGAUAUAAUCCGUAGUCAAGUCGGCUUCUUUUAA